UUCCCCACUCUAGGUACUAUAUAUACAUCAAGGUGCAAACACCUACAAAUACACACAACACCGGGCCUGCAACAAUUAAUUCCAGCAGCAAGCUAAGUUAGCCACGUCGUCACUGGUUCAUCCUGCCCUUGUUAUGCUUCUCUGCUUGGCCUCUCUUGCCACCUCUUGCACUGAGAAGGAGAAGAGCUCCUUGCUUCAGUUCGCCGCUGAGCUCUCCCAGGACGGUGGCCUCACCAAUUCAUGGGAGAAUAGCAUGGAUUGCUGCAAAUGGGAAGGGAUCACCUGCAGUUCAGAUAGAACAGUCACUGAUGUCUUUCUAGCUUCUAAAAGCCUUCAGGGGCACAUCUCAGCGUCCCUGGGCAACCUCACUGGCCUGGUGUGCCUCAAUCUGUCUCACAAUUCCUUAUACGGUGACCUGCCGCUGGAAUUAUUGUCUUCCAAGAGCAUUGUUAUCCUUGAUGUUAGCUUCAACCUACUCAAUGGAGAUUUGCAAGAGCUAGAAAAGUCAACAAUUCGGCCUUUGCAGGUACUGAACAUAUCAAGCAACUUUUUUACAGGACAUUUUCCAUCUCCCACAUGGGAGGCGAUGAAGAGUUUGGUCGCUCUCAAUGCCAGCAAUAAUAGCUUUAUCGGGCCGAUACCAACUGUGUUUUGUGUCAGUGCACCAUCCUUUGCUAUGCUUGAACUCAGUUACAACCAAUUCAGCGGAAGAAUCCCUGCAGAGCUCGGUAAUUGCUCCAUGCUGACAUCUCUCAACGCUGGGCACAACAACCUCAGUGGGACUCUUCCAGAUGAGCUCUUCAGUAUUAUCUCGAUGGAGCACCUCUCUCUUCAUGAUAACCAGCUAGAAGGAACACUCAGCGGCAUUAGCAGGCUAAAGAAUCUGGCGACCCUUAAUCUUGGAGGGAAUAUGUUCAGCGGCAAUAUCCCAUCUGCAAUAGGUGAGCUUAAGAAACUGAUGACGAUCCAUUUGGACCACAACAGCAUGUCCGGGGAGCUUCCAUCAACUUUGAGCAACUGUACAAGUCUCAUAACCAUUGACUUCAGCAGCAACAAUUUCAGUGGAGGACUCACAGAGGUUAAUUUCUCCAACUUACCCAAUCUAAAAACCAUAGAUCUUAUGCUAAACAACUUCAGUGGCACAAUUCCAGAAAGCAUCUACUCAUGCACCAAUCUAACUGCAUUGCGGCUAUCUUCGAAUAAGUUCCAUGGCCCGUUGUCAGAAAGAAUAGGCAAUCUGAAGUCCCUAGCAUUCUUAUCACUUGUUAACAAUUCCCUUACAAAUAUCACAAGUGCACUUCAGACCCUUAGCAGCUGCAGGAACCUGACCACCUUGCUAAUAGGGAAGAACUUCAAGAAUGAGGCCAUGCCAAAGGAUGAUGCAAUUGAUGGUUUUAGGAAUCUUCAGGUUCUUUUCUUAAAUGAUUGUUCAUUAUUUGGGAAAAUACCUCUUUGGUUAUCGAAGCUCACAAAUUUGGAGAUGCUACUAUUAUAUAACAAUGAACUAACUGGACCAAUACCAGACUGGAUCAAUAGCCUAAACUUCCUCUUCCAUAUAAACAUGUAUAACAACAGCCUUACAGGGGAAAUUCCAACAGCCUUAAUGAGCAUGCCAAUGCUAGAAAAAGAGAAGGUUGCCCCAAAGGCCUUCGAGCUGCCUAUUUACACUCGAUCACGUCAAUACCGCAUGGCCAUUUCUUUCUCCACAAUGCUGCACCUAGGAAGAAAUAACUUAACAGGUGUCAUCCCUGAAGAGAUUGGUCAGCUGAAAGCACUAGUUUCAAUGGAUUUGCGCUCCAACAAAUUAACUGGAGAGAUCCCACAAUCAAUUUGUAACCUCUCAAACCUUGAGACGCUGGACUUGUCUGGCAACCAUCUAACAGGUACAAUCCCGAUUGGCUUAAACAGUCUGCAUUUCCUUUCUAAAUUCAAUAUUUCCAAUAACGACCUAGAAGGACCCAUUCCAAGCAACGGCCAGCUCAGCACGUUUCCAAAUUCUAGCUUUGAUGGAAACCCAAAGUUGUGUGGUCCUAUGAUUGCUCACCACUGUGGUUCAGAAGAAACAAUUUUCUCAACAAAUGUGACAAAGCAAACAGACGGAAAAGUCAUCUUUGUGAUUGCCUUUUGAGCAUUCUUUAUUGUAGGGGUGCUAUAUGAUCAGAUAGUGUUAUCAAAGGCUUUCUGCUAGUCCUACUUAUAUCAUGGGUUUAUUAUGAUUUUAGCAAUUCAGGUUUAUCAACAACUCACAAUCCAUCAUACAUGGAUCAGAUUCAGGUCUAGAAAAAUGUAACCAGAAGUGAUUCAUGGAUAAACACUGAAGAAUGUUCCCUUUGGUGGAUAAAUGUGUGAGAGGAUAAGAAUGAAGCAGUCUAAAUGAUCACUACUUGAAAAUUGUUGGCAUCAAGUGGAACUUAUAAAAUUUGUGCUAAAGUUGUAUAAAUAGGCGAUGCUCAUGCGUUACUCUAAUCUUUUCAUUAGGAUUCAUUGCGGAUCAAAUAAUACACUUAAGCAUACAGAAAUACAGUACAGGUACUUCGUACGGUACUAGAAAACAUACUGUCGGAUUUGAUACAUGUUCAGUGGGAGACAUGUCCAUUUAACACACUCUCCUUGUUUGUGAGUUAUACAUGUGGUGGAGAACUGGAGAUGAAACUAUGUGGGAGUGCUUGAAUUGA